AUGGACCACCUGUGUGUGAACCGAUAUGAAAAGAAAGGACCAUGGACUGCAGAAGAAGACAGGAAGCUCGUAAACUUCAUCCUCACCAAUGGACAAUGUUGUUGGAGAGCUGUUCCUAAGCUUGCUGGUCUUCUUAGGUGUGGCAAAAGUUGCAGACUCCGUUGGACAAAUUAUCUCCGACCAGACCUUAAGAGAGGUCUUCUCUCUGAUUACGAAGAGAAGAUGGUCAUUGGCCUCCAUUCCAAGCUUGGCAACAGGUGGUCAAAGAUAGCUUCUCAUUUACCAGGAAGAACAGACAACGAAAUCAAGAACCAUUGGAACACUCACAUCAAGAAGAAGUUAAGGAAAAUGGGGAUAGAUCCUCUCACUCAUAAACCACUCUCCAUCGUUGAACAAGAACCAAUUGAGCAGCCUCUUGAGGAACCAACUAGCAAGAAGAAGAACAUGUCCGAAACGGUGACAAGACUUGGGGGGUCUUUGGAUAAUGAUCAGGUCAUGGCCAUAAAUCUUGAGUAUGGCGUCGAAGAUGUUCCUCUGAUUGAUGCAGAGUCUUUAGAGCUUAUCUGCAGCAACUCUACAAUGUCGUCAUCCACAUCCACGUCUUCGAAUUCUUCCACGGAAUUACAGUUUCCGGAUUUCGAUUGGUCGGAUUACGGUAAUAAUGAUAAUAGCAAUGGUGUGGACAACAUUAUAGAGAACAAUAUGAUGAGCCUGUGGGAUGUUGAUGACUUUAGCAGUUGGGAUUUGCUGCUAAAUGAUUAUAUUCCUCAGAGUUCUUCCACUUUUGGGUUGUUUUGA